UUUGUCAACCCAUAUCAAAUAAGAUUGGGAGUUGAAGCCAAUGUCAAACUUCCGAAUAUGCUUUUAAUUUGAAAUAUCUUAUUUGUUCAAUUUGCAUUAGAACAAAUAAGUAGCUUUAUCCAACCAGAUCCAGUGGGGUUUUAAUAGUUUUUAUAAAAUUAAUUUCUUAUAUAUAUUCCGUGUAAAUUUCAGAUUAUAUACCUACAAUUUACAAUUCCCAAAGCUUUGACCAAAAACACCGUCCGUAUUUCUAAGUUAGAGAGACACAGCAAGGCGGCGACGCGGCGGAAGACGGCGGAGGAUGGGCGAUCUACUCGAUUGGAUUAUCUCUUUCUUAUUUCUCGUAACCCUUCUCAUCAUCGUUAUUUACCAGUUGACAUGUUUGGCGGAUUUAGAGUUCGAUCGCAGAAACCCUUACGAUGCAUCUACUAAAAUAAACCGCAUGGUUCUACCGGAAUUUGGUUUACAAGGACUUCUUUGCUUAUACUAUGUCUUAACUGGACAUUGGUUCAUGGCGGUUUUGUCUCUUCCCCACCUUUUCUACAACAUUAGAUUAUACAUGAAGAGGGAACAUCUGGCAGACGUGACAGAGUUAUACAACACAAAUAAAUGGGAGCAAAAGAAACGAGUUUACAAGAUUGGUCAUAUAGCACUCUCCAUUUUUAUCACAUCCUAUUGGUUGAUCCACUCGGCAUUAGGAGACAUCUAAAGUUGGAGAAACCACCGGACUUCAUCAAUUUAUUUUACAUUUUAAGAUCGAAUUCCUAAUGGAUUUUGUUGACCACGAAGAUGUUUAUGUAGUUCUUCAUUUUUAUGUUUCAAUUUUUGUUGUGGACUAUAUUCAGAAAGGUUCUUUUUUUCUUGUUUUUUGAGUAUAAAUUUAAUGCGUAUCAAUGAAAGAUUACUUUUCACAAA